GGUAUCCUAAAGCUAAUUAAAUUGAAUAAAAUACACGCAAACGAAAUUAAUUCAGUAAUAGACGUGUGGAGGUAAUUGAAAAACAAAAACUUGAAUUCGAUUGAAUAUUUUAAUCCUGCUUCAAACCCACAUUUUAUGAAACUAGGUAUAAGUUUUCGAGUUUAUUUCAUAAAGAAAACGCUCAGUUUGUUGUAUAUUCUAUAUAUUCAUCAGAUCUAGCUACCUACCUAGUAUAUAGAUGCAACAAUCUAUAAAUUACUUUCCACUCUAAUUUAUACUAUAUGUAAUCAUACCAAUUAAAUAUAUAAGUCGCUAUCUAUUGCAUCUUUCCUACAAUUUCUUACUAUUUUUGAAUCGAUGAUAAAGACUAGCUGGUCGGAUUGCGUAAGUCGUAAGUUAACCACAGACCUGUAAUCAUUGGAUGUUUAUCAUAAAUUUCAUAUAGUGUGUUCAUCGUUAAUAAAUAUAAUAUUACUUUAGUCUGGCGGCAGUGGUACUUUUCAUGGUACUGAGUAAACGCGCCAGGUGAAACGUACCAUAUUAUAGGUAGCAAAACUAGUCUCCAGUUUAAAUUAUUUAUUCAAAGUCCGUUGCGGGUAACUACAUAGUAACUAGUAACCAUCGUAUAUCAUCGUCGCGCUAGUACCAUCGCGGAAUAUUUCCUUUGGUUUUACCGGUUUGAAUUUUUGUGUUGGAAUUUUUCUAUAUUGAGAGUCUAGACUGUGCAAGAAGAAACAUGGUUAGUUUACGAGAAUUCUACGCCGGAAAAAAUAUUUUCAUAACAGGGGCCACUGGGUUUCUGGGGAUAUGUCUGUUGGAAAAAAUCCUCAGGAGUAUACCUCAACAUGGUGAAAUUUAUUUGCUGAUGAGACCGAAAAGGGGCAAAGAAAUAUCCGAACGGUUAGAGGAGAUCAAGCAAAAUGCUAUUUUCCAGAGAUUGUUGAAGGAAAAAUCUGCAGAUCAGAUCUUUGAAAAGGUUAAAGCAAUCGCUGGAGAUGUGGGCCAGGAAAAUUUAGGCCUAUCACCUAGUGAUAGGGAACUUUUACAGCAAAAAAUUAAUGUAAUUUUCCAUAGUGCGGCUACAUUAGAUUUUGGAGACACUCUUAAGGCAACUGUCGAUAUCAACUUACUAGGUACAAGAAGAGUAACUGAAUUAGCCAAACAAUGCUCCAACUUGAAGGUACUGGUUCACGUAAGCAGCGCCUAUGUAAAUUCUUACAGAUUGGAAGCCGAUGAAAUUUUAUAUCCUUUACCAAAAGACCCAGAAGAAUUGAUUAAAAUUGUCAACAAACUGAGCCUCGAAGAAUUAGAAAUACAAACCCCUGAAAUUCUAGGAGACCACCCAAAUCCUUACACAAUUACCAAACAUAUGGCAGAACAUGAAAUUAAAAAAUGCGAAGCCUUGUUUCCUUGCGCCAUUGUGAGACCAUCAAUGAUUGUUGGAGCAUGGAAGGAACCCAUUCCGGGCUGGACAAUAAGCAAAAACGGACCUCAAGGUUUUCUGAUGGGCGCUUCUAAAGGCGUUAUUCGCAGACUACCAGUAGCCAAAGAGUUGAUUUACGACUAUAUUCCAGUAGAUAUUGUAGUUAAUAAUUUGCUGGCAGCCGGAUAUCAUGCAGGUGCCACCCAAACAAAGCAACUGGAAAUCUACCACAGCACUUCCAGUACUCGAAACCCAUUCAAAUGGGUUUCGGUUGAACAAUCUGUCAACAUGUACUUGCAUAAAUUUCCAUUGGCAUCGGCAGUUUGGUAUCCAAACUUGAAGUUUAUCAACUCCAUUUUCUAUUACAAACUAUCGGCAUUUUUCGUUCACAUUUUGCCUGCUAUUUUACUGGAUACUGUUACAAAAUUGUCUGGUGGCAGACCAAUUUUGAUGAAGCUUCACAGAAACGUCAAUACGUCUCUAGGACGAUUAUCAAAGUUCAUUUUCACUGAAUGGUUAUUUUCUGCCAAAAAAACUACAGAGCUGCAAGCUUAUUUGAAAAACGAAGAAAGAGACGAUUUUAGUGUGGAUAUUUCUGCACUAGUGUGGCCAGUGUAUUUUGAUGAUUUAACUCUAGGAGCAAGAGUAUUUUUGAGUAGAGACCCUGAAAAAACUUUGAAAAGUGCCAGGAAGAAGGACAACAUAUUGUUCUUUGUCCAUAUGAUUUUCAAAGCAAGCGUUAUAGUCUUCAUUUGGUUCAUUCUCUCAAGAUUACUUGGAGUCAACAUGAAAGCUUCUUGGCCCUUCCUUCUUCCUGCUGGUUAUGCCUUCCUUGCAGUACUUUAAAUGUUUUAGAUGUCAAAAGAUUUUAGUCAGAAAAAGGUACAAAUUUGCUAUUAUUACAAAAUAUAGGUUUAUUUCUUUUUGACAUCAGAACUACUUUUUUCACAUUGUAUUAAGUUGCUGUUAUAGUAUUUUGUUCAAGUAUCUCUUGUUUGUCUUUUUAGGCAGUAGAAAUUGAGGGUUUUUGGUUUUGUUUUAUGUUCUUACUUUUGUAAUCUCAGAUGUAACUGUAGUAAGUAUGUUUCUAAAUUUUGCAUUUCUAAUAAAUGUUAUUUAA